AGUGUCACUCUUCUCACGUCAGCGGCUGUUUAUUUCCCCCAAAUUUCUCUCGUUUCCGAAAUUUGCAUUUUCAAAAACAUUUCAAGCCUCCAAUAAUGUCUGACAACGACGACGACUACAUGUGCGAGGAGGAGGAGGACUACGGUUUGGAAUACUCGGAGGACAGCAACUCCGAGCCGGACGUGGACCUGGAGAACCAGUACUACAACAGCAAGGCGCUGAAGGAGGACGAACCUAAGGAGGCGCUGCUCAGCUUCCAGAAGGUGCUGGACCUGGAGGGCGGGGACAAGGGCGAGUGGGGCUUCAAGGCGCUCAAACAGAUGAUUAAGAUUAACUUCAAAUUGAACAAUUUCACGGAGAUGAUGUCGCGCUACAAGCAGCUGCUGACAUACAUCAAGAGCGCGGUGACACGCAACCACUCGGAGAAGUCCAUCAACUCCAUCCUCGACUACAUCUCCACCUCUAGAAAUAUGGAACUCCUACAAGACUUCUACGAGACCACCCUGGAGGCGCUAAAGGACGCCAAGAACGACCGGCUGUGGUUCAAGACCAACACCAAGCUUGGCAAGCUGUACUACGACCGCGGGGACUUCAACAAGCUCGCCAAGAUCCUCAAGCAACUGCACCAGAGCUGCCAGACUGAUGACGGCGAAGACGACCUGAAGAAAGGCACCCAACUGCUAGAGAUAUACGCGCUGGAGAUCCAGAUGUACACGGCGCAGAAGAACAACAAGAAGCUGAAGGCGCUCUACGAGCAGUCGCUGCACAUCAAGUCGGCCAUCCCCCACCCGCUCAUCAUGGGGGUCAUCAGAGAGUGCGGCGGCAAGAUGCACCUGCGCGAGGGGGAGUUCGAGAAGGCGCACACGGACUUCUUCGAGGCGUUCAAGAACUACGACGAGUCCGGCUCGCCGCGCCGCACCACCUGCCUCAAGUACCUAGUGCUCGCCAACAUGCUUAUGAAAUCCGGUAUAAACCCCUUCGACUCCCAAGAAGCGAAACCGUACAAGAACGACCCCGAGAUCCUGGCCAUGACCAACCUCGUGAUGGCCUACCAGAACAACGACAUCAAUGAGUUCGAGGCCAUCCUCAAACACAACCGCAACAACAUCAUGGACGACCCCUUCAUCCGGGAACAUAUCGAGGACCUGCUCCGGAACAUCAGGACCCAAGUGCUGAUCAAGCUAAUAGGACCGUAUACGAGGAUUCAUAUACCGUUUAUAUCGAAAGAGUUGAAUAUAGAUGAAAAGGAGGUGGAGAAUUUAUUAGUGACCUGUAUUUUGGAUAACACGAUCAGCGGGCGCAUCGACCAGGUGAACCUGGUGCUGGAGCUGUCGGCGGCGCGCGGCGGGCUGGCGCGCUACGCCGCGCUCGACAAGUGGACGCUGCAGCUCGCCGCGCUGCACCAGGCGCUCGUCAACAAGAUGGCCUAGCCCG